CUCCCUUACAUAGACCUCCCAGAUAAAUUGGCCCGGAGAACCCACCAAUGGGAAGCUCUGGGAGGCGGGUCUACAACGCCACCGGUUUGAGGAAGACAAGCAAAUUUCAAGUUGGCCGCGGCGUGGGCUUCGCGUGGGGGAAGGGCAGCAGGUUUUUCUCACUGGAUCUUUGAAUACCCAGGCCCCCUCUACCAUGGCCAGCCGGGGUGGGGGCCGGGGUCGUGGCCGGGGCCAGUUGACUUUCAACAUGGAGGCUGUGGGCAUUGGGAAGGGGGAUGCUUUGCCCCCACCCACCCUGCAGCCUUCUCCACUCUUCCCUCCCUUGGAGUUCCGCCCAGUGCCUCUGCCCUCAGGAGAGGAAGGGGAAUAUGUCUUGGCACUGAAGCAGGAGCUACGAGGUGCCAUGAGGCAGCUUCCCUACUUCAUCCGACCAGCCGUUCCUAAGAGAGAUGUGGAGCGUUACUCAGACAAAUACCAGAUGUCAGGGCCGAUUGACAAUGCCAUCGAUUGGAACCCUGAUUGGCGGCGCCUACCUCGGGAGCUAAAGAUCCGAGUGCGGAAGCUACAGAAAGAGCGGACCACCAUUCUACUCCCCAAGAGGCCCCCUAAGACCACAGAAGAUAAGGAGGAAACAAUUCAGAAACUAGAGACCCUGGAGAAGAAGGAGGAAGAAGUGUCUUCAGAGGAAAAUGAGGAGAAAGAAGAAGAAGAAGAGAAGGAAGAGGAAGAAGAAGAGGAGUAUGAUGAAGAAGAACAUGAAGAGGAAACUGAUUACAUCAUGUCAUAUUUUGACAAUGGAGAGGACUUUGGGGGUGACAGUGAUGACAAUAUGGAUGAGGCUAUAUACUGAAGAAGGAUCCUAAACAACACUCCAAACCCUCAUAUCUUUCUUGCUUUAAGAUACAGAGAGUAACUGUCCCUAUCAUUUGGUUUUGUGGACAACUGAAACAUUUGGUCAGAGUCCAAAUAAGCUGUUUGGUUCCUAGAGAUAGGAAUACAGAAUGAUGACAACA